AUCAGUUUGCCUUUGGGAAAUAGGCAUUUUUUUGUCCUAAUUCAUUAAAAAGUCAAAUGUCUAAGAAAUCAAGAGUGGUAAAGACGUAUGGAAGGCAUAAACAUCGGACUGUGAAGGCUCAAAUUUGGCUGUCCCCUGACGAAAAUGUUCAUUCCCCGUUUGGAAACGGUUUCCCCUCCAAAAUCGAAGCAAGCUCAUCGAAAAAUGUUUUCAAGCCGAAGUCGUCAAAAUGGUCCAAGCACUCGAACAAAGUUACAACCUCACGAGCUUCAUCUGCUUACGAAAGCUGUGCGAUUCCAAUCGUUGAGAAACAAGAACUUAUAAUAAUCGAUGACAAAGAAAACAGCCAUACUUCAAAUUCGUCAGCUGAUGACCAAAAGGAGAGGAAGUUCAAAAGGAAAAGGCAAACACUAUUCAGUAAUUGUACGCCGCUAUCAACACAAAAAGGUUCAAAUGUUGAUUCAACUUGUCCGUCGGAAAGUGAAAAGUCGGUAGUCAAAACACCUGAGGUUGUUUUGGUGAAUGAUAGUUUAGAGAUUAGAGAGAAAAGCACCCGCCAUAUUCACGAUGUCAUUUGUGUUGAAGACAGCGUAGAAGAUGUUGUUUUUCAAUCUGGUUGCAAUAACCCAACAAAUUUAAGUAUAAAUACGUCAAAUGGAAAGCCAAAUUUGAGUGGAAAUGCUUCUGUAUUCAGCGAUUGUUCUUCAAUAUCAAGAGAUGGAGAAAAUCGCGAUUUAGGAAAUAAAGACUGCAUCCAACUUAACAAAAACAACAACGCAGUUUUUCAAUUUGACAGCUGCCACUCAACCUAUGCCACUUCAACUCCAGUAUUUAAUGGUGACAAUUAUUUAGCAAUUGGAGGAGUAGGCCAAUCAGAUUCCCAAAACUCUUAUUCAAUAGAUGGUAAGGUUAUUUUGGAACCAAUUAGAAUCACACCAAUUCAGUGGGAGAAAUCAUUGUUAUUGUUAUCUUCAACUGAAAAACCUAGCAACAAGAAAACUAGCCAGUUGUCAUCUGAUGAGCACAAAAAUUCAGUUGCACUUAAAACUUUGAGCUUAACCAGCAGUGACAGGACAUCCAAAGAGAUGAAAGAGUGUGUGGUUUCCUUGGAGAAGUUGAGGAUAACACCCUUAAAAAAGAAGGGUAAAUAUCUCACAGCAACAUUAUCUGGUGAUGGAAGCCUUCCAUUCAUUAACAGAGGGAAGUCCCAGCUCUCAUUUGCUGAAGCUUUAACUCCAGUCAAGAAAAACCUUACCAAAACAAACUUUGGAAAGGAAUCUGAAGAAGUAAAAGAACUCACUAAUUUUGAGAAGGUCCUGAUGGAGUGCAAUCAAGAGAGACCACUGAAAUUUUCAGAAAUCUUAGACAAGAGUUUACUGGAGAGUUGUGUUAAAAUUGGAGAGGGAGUUUAUGGAGAAGUAUUUAAAUCUCAGUAUAAAAAUGGACAAUCAAUUGCACUGAAGAUCAUCCCAGUUGAAGGUGAUUUUCAAGUGAAUGGUGAACCCCAGAAAUCAUUUGAAGAAAUUUUGCCUGAGAUUGUUAUUUCCAAGGAGCUGAGUUUACUUGGAGAGUCUCUUGAGAAUGACAAUGGGACCACAACCUUCAUCACUGUCCACAGUGUGACGUGUAUUCAAGGUGGAUAUCCCAGCCAUUUGAUAUCGGAGUGGGACAAAUGGGAUACUAAACACACAUCAGAAAAUGACAAGCCUGAUAUCUUCCCGAGUGAUCAGUUCUUCAUCGUGUUCGAGUUUUCAAAUGGCGGCAAAGAUUUGGAGAGCUUUGAGUUCAACUGCCUGUCAGAGGCAUGGAGCGUACUGCAUCAGACGGCCCUUGGACUGGCGGUGGCUGAGAACGCGCUUGAAUUUGAGCACCGUGAUCUGCACUGGGGAAAUGUUUUAAUUUGUAAGACUGAGGACCAGCUUGUAGAGAGCACUUUGCAAGGAGAGAAAAAGCUGGUACCGAGUCAUGGUGUCCGAGUUAGUCUGAUCGACUUUACUCUCUCACGGCUGAAAAAAGAUGGCGUGACGGUGUUUUGUAACAUGGCAGAGGAUGAAUCGUUGUUCACUGGCAGAGGAGACUAUCAAUUUGAUGUGUAUCGGCUCAUGAAGAAAGCGAACAAGAACGACUGGGAGCCAUUUGAGCCUCACUCAAACGUGCUUUGGCUUCACUACCUUGCCGACAAAAUGUUAAAGAAGAAGAAAUACCCGAGAAAAGAUAAAGAAACGGAGACACAGCUGAAGAUGUUCUUGAGACAAGCAAGAAAAUGCUCCUCUGCCACAGACAUUGUUCAUGAGCUUUUCGCUUAAAAUGGGAAAAUCAAAUUACAAUUUUUUUUGGACCAAUCUGGCUUAGCAAAUAGUUUCUAUGAAACUUCAAAGAAGGGAUAGGUGUUUACUCGCUAUGAGUAGCAUGUAAAGUACAUGAGUUAGAAGAAGUGUAAAAUCAAAAUCAAUAUGUAAAUAGACGAUCUUUUGGAUUUUAGAAUAUAUAUCAUAGAGCUCAAAUUGUUAAUAAUCGAUAAUAUGCCGAUGCCACUUAUGUUCGCUUUGUUCCCCACUCACCCCACCUCCCCUUUUCAACCAAAUUGUAUCGUGGACAAUUCGGAAAAAGGGAAAUUGAUACAAAAUUACCAAUUUGACCACGUUGUAAUAUUGAAACUUUUAUCAGCAAUAUUGCAUUUUAAGAGGUUUUAAUGCCUACUAACUGGGUUUUCUUUAAAUUCUCAAUAGCAUAUCGUGUAAAUAGUAGCCGAUAUUAUUAAAAUUGCAAUUCAA